GCAUUUCGUCCCUCGGAUUGUUGCGAGAUUCUAAAUGAGCUGCAACAUUUCUGCUAUAGUAUACCCGGCGCUACGAAAACGAACCUCGCAGUCGACAACAAUAGAAAUAUGUAGUAACAGGUGUUGUUUGCGAAGCGAUAUAAACGCGCGGAGGAGUACGGCUCCCGUGUUUGUACAAGACAUAGAACAGAAUCCUUCUGCAAACUACGGAGAUAUCAAGAUUAUAUCAUUAACGUAUAAAAGUGUGUGCGGGACGACAGUACGAGGAGUGUCCGCCCGAGGACGGUCGCGUCGGAGCUGCCAGCCGCAUCACCGUCUCGGAGCGCCCAGCCCGGCCGGUAGCCGUACUUGCGCGAUGGCGGUGGGGCAGGACGCGGGCGCCGCUCGUCCCGCCGAGGAGAUCCCCCACGACCACCUGUACAAGGUGACCGGCUUGUCCUCCACUAAUCUACAGAAACUCGCACAAGAACACGCAGCACCCGAACCAGAGGCCGCGGACUUUGAGGAAGCGAUAGCAGCGACGGGAUACGGCAAGUUCAAUCUGUGUCUGAUGCUGUGCAGCCUGCCCGCCUUCUUCAGCGCAGUCUCCGUCACCAGCUCCACCUCGUACAUCUUCUCGCGAGCGCAGUGCGACAUGAACUUGUCUCUCUUGGAUAUGGGAACUGUGACGGCCAUGACUUACGGAGGAAUGAUAUCGUCCGCGAUGGUGUGGGGCUUCCUGUCGGACACGCUCGGCCGGCGCCAGAUCAUGGUGUGGGGCUUCUUCUGCUCCGGCCUGGUCGAGCUCACGGCCGCCAUGAGCCAGAACUUCGCCACGCUCUUAGUCAUGAGGUUCGCCAGUGGCUUUCUGUUCAACGGGCCGUUCGCGGUUCUGAUCUCGUACAUCGCGGAGCUGCACCGCACGGAGCUGCGCGCGCGCGUGAUCCUGCUGAGCAGCCUGUUCUACACGCUCGCCAGCACCACGCUGCCGCUCCUCGCCUGGGCCCUGCUCGACGAUCAAUAUACCAUCACGAUAUAUCCGGGCUAUUUCGUGCUUCAUUCGUGGAACAUAUUCUUGCUGACGACGGGUCUGGUGCCCCUUCUCACGGGGAUCGUCUUCCUCUGUCUGCCAGAGAGUCCUAAGUUCCACAUGUCGCGCGGCAGAAACGAUGAAGCUAUGGCUACCUUCCGCAAAAUAUACUCCCUGAACACGGGGAAGCCUGCUGAGGAGUUCCCAAUAAAGAAGUUGGUGGAAGAAAAGCAAGAGCGUCAGAGGGGCGGAGUGGCGGCGCUGCGGGGCGGAGGGGCACAGCUGGCGCCACUGUUCCGCGCUCCCUACGGCAAGUGGUUGCUGCUAAUGUGCGUGCUGCAUGCCGGAUCUAUGUUUGGGUCGAACACCGUCCGACUGUGGUACCCGCACCUCGCUGCCAUGCUGGGGUCAGACGACGCGGACAGCCUGUGCUCGGCCAUCGCCCCCAGCGCGCCCCCGCCCCCCGACGGCGGCGCGGCCCCGCCCUGCCUCCCCGUGCACACGGACAUGCACACGUACCUGCAGAGCGCGGCAGUGGGCGCGGGCUCCGUGCUCACCUACGGUAUCGGAGGAGUGCUCAUCAAUAGGUGUGGCAAGAAGCUGGUGACCGGUUUCUGCGGCAUAGCGAGCGGCGUGCUGCUAGCCGCGCUGCCGUCCCUGGGCACCAGCUCAGUGUCCGUGGUCACCGUGGUGACCGCCGCGCUGGCGCUGACCGCCCUCAGCGCGGCCUCCAUGUCCAGUAUUGCUGUAGAUUUAUUCCCGACGGCACUGAGAUUGUUUAACUUCAGAGUGAUGGCCAUGGCCACCUUCCUGAUGUGCGGUCGGCUGGGCACCAUCACCGGCGCGGUCGCGUUCCCCGCCCUCAUCGAGUACGGCUGCAUCCCGCCCUUCAUCACGAUAGCGGCUGUCCUGGGAGUUUGUGGCUGUGCUUGCUACCUGCUGCCAAAUACUACCCUGAAGAAAUUAGAAUAAAUUUGAAGGUGAAACAAAUAUAAGGAGAUAAUGAAGGAUAGUGGAGAGCGAAGCGAGAGCCUCGCCCCUUGUCCGCGACA